CCACCCAGGACGAUGACUGGACAAAUUCCUGAUUUUUUUAUUCUCAAGAUGUUCUGAGCCACACGCGCUUCUCCCUCCCACACCACAAUUUCUUCUCCUAAACACAGUGCAGCCAUUGCAACGCUACACCAUUUCCCUCUGCAUAGUGUCCUCUCUCUCUGUCUCGUUAAAUAAUGAGUUUCGGAAAGAAGAUCAGGAUAGGGCUCGAUGGGUUUGGAAGAAUUAAUCGUUUCAUCACGAGAGCAGCUCACAGAGACGAAAGCAAGCUUUCAAAUGCCAGCAAUGUGCUUAAGACUUCCACCUUUAAGCAUGACUCAGAUGGUUUUGGAUCUGCUGGGUUAAAGUCUUUCAGAGCAUUUGCAGUGGUUGGUGCUGGAGUCUCUGGGCUACUUAGCUUUGCAGGAGUUGCUUAUUCUGAUGAGGCCGAACAUGGCUUAGAGUGUCCGAGCUAUCCUUGGCCUCACGAAGGCAUUCUCAGCUCUUAUGAUCAUGCUUCGAUACGUCGAGGUCAUCAGGUUUACCAGCAAGUGUGUGCAUCCUGCCACUCAAUGUCGCUAAUUUCCUACCGUGAUCUUGUUGGUGUUGCAUACACUGAAGAAGAAACUAAGGCCAUGGCAGCAGAAAUUGAGGUGGUUGAUGGCCCUAAUGAUGAGGGUGAGAUGUUCACCCGCCCUGGGAAGUUGAGUGAUCGUUUUCCACAGCCUUACGCAAAUGAAGCAGCUGCAAGGUUUGCAAAUGGUGGGGCUUAUCCUCCUGAUCUAAGUCUUAUCACUAAGGCCCGGCAUAGUGGUCAAAACUAUGUUUUCGCUCUUCUAACUGGCUACCGGGACCCUCCUGCUGGUGUCUCAAUUAGGGAAGGUCUUCACUAUAACCCUUACUUCCCUGGUGGAGCUAUAGCGAUGCCUAAAAUGCUUAAUGAUGGUGCUGUUGAGUAUGAGGAUGGUAUACCCGCAACUGAGGCACAAAUGGGAAAAGAUGUUGUGUCCUUCCUGUCAUGGGCUGCUGAACCAGAAAUGGAAGAGAGAAAGCUGAUGGGUUUCAAAUGGAUAUUCGUCUUAUCACUUGCACUUCUCCAAGCAGCUUACUACCGUCGCCUGAGAUGGUCUGUCCUGAAAUCUCGGAAAUUGGUCCUUGAUGUUGUCAACUGAUUUCAUUCAAAUCACACUAGGUGAACUAAUCGUGAGCAUUUCCUUUUGUGUACUGUAUGUGAUGGGGGCACAAGGAAUAAUGAUAUUAUUGCCCAAUGAUUUGAAUUAUCAGUGUUAUAUACAAUGUAGACUCUAGACAAUA